AUGGUGGCCGCUAGAGGAGGUGGCGGUGGCGGUGGCGGAGGUGGUGGACACGGUGGUGGUCAUGGUGGAUUUGGUGGUGGUCAUGGUGGAUUUGGUGGCGGACGUGGUGGAUUUGGUAUUGGUCGUGGAGGUUUUGGUGGCAGAGGAUUUGGUCGCGGUGGUGGCGGCGCCAUUUUUGGACCAGGAUUUGGCAGAUUUUAUGGUGGCGGUUAUCGAGGUUAUGGUCGAAGAGCGCCCGUUGUUGUUGGUGGAGUGGGCGUUGUGGAGUAUGAGCGGCCCUACUGUUAUUACCAUCCUUGGGCGUGUUAUGAUUACUACUACUGA